UGCUUUCUGGGGGUUGUAGUCUCUAGGAGCCGUGUUUUAAGUACCGUGUCUAAGGACCACUUCUUGAAAAUUAAAAAAUAAAUAAAUAAAUAAGAUUCGAGCUGGGGCUUUUUGUAUCUUGCGAAUUGAUCACAGGCCUAAAUAACCCCAUUAACCAUUGCAGUUGAGUCGAUUUUGACUGAUAGCGGCCCUCUAGGACAGAGUAGAGCUGCUCCCUAGAGUUUCCAAGGCUGUAAUCUUUACGGAAGCAGUCCGCCACAUCUUUCUGCAGGGAAGGGGCUGGUUAAGUGGUUGGACGGUUAACCACUGCGCCACCAGGGCUCCUACAGACCUAAAUACAUUUAAAGAAAGCCAAGCGAUCAAAGGGACACUCCGCCUUUAAGAUCAGGCUUAACUGAUCGACGAUCCUUAACCACUGCACCUCCAAUGUUUCCAAUCUAGGAAUAGGCAGUUGAUAUUUGUGGGCUGAACCACUGUGGGAGGGCGGCCUCGUGGUGCUGCUUUCUGAGGAGGCCCUAGGGAGGAACGUGGAAGCCAGGCGCCCAUGGCAUCUUCCUUUCUGUGCAGUCUAAUUUUGAGCGGCUUCUUUUCGUAGUACCAAGAGACUAGAUCGCCCGUUCUCGGUUAGCCCAUACGCUCCUCUGGGCAAGCCUUGUGUAUACGCCUUACGCCACCGCCAUGGCUCAGCUCCAGACACGCUUCUACACUGACAACAAGAAGUAUGCGGUAGAUGACGUUCCUUUCUCGAUCCCUGCAGCCUCUGAAAUCGCAGACCUUAGUAACAUCAUCAAUAAAUUGCUGGAAGCCAAAAAUGAGUUCCACAAACAUGUGGAGUUUGAUUUCCUUGUCAAGGGCCAGUUUCUGCGAAUGCCCUUGGUCAAACACAUGGAACUGGAAAACAUCUCAUCAGAAGAGGUCGUGGAACUAGAGUACGUGGAGAAGUAUACUGCGCCUCAGCCAGAGCAAUGCAUGUUCCAUGAUGACUGGAUCAGCUCAGUCAAAGGAGCAGAGGAAUGGAUCUUGACUGGCUCUUAUGAUAAGACUUCUCGAAUCUGGUCCUUGGAAGGAAAGUCAAUAAUGACAAUUGUGGGACAUACAGAUGUUGUAAAAGAUGUAGCCUGGGUGAAAAAAGAUAAUUUGUCUUGCUUACUACUGAGUGCUUCUAUGGAUCAAACUAUUCUCUUAUGGGAGUGGAAUAUAGAGAGAAACAAAAUGAAAGCCCUACACUGCUGCAGAGGUCAUGCUGGGAGUGUGGAUUCUAUAGCUGUCGAUAGCACAGGAACUAAAUUUUGCAGUGGCUCCUGGGAUAAGAUGCUAAAGAUCUGGUCCACAGUCCCGACAGAUGAAGAAGAUGAAAUGGAGGAAUCCAUAAAUCGACCCAGAAAGAAACAGAAAACAGAGCAGUUGGGACUAACAAGGACUCCCAUUGUGACCCUCUCUGGCCACAAGGAAGCAAUUUCUUCAGUUCUGUGGUCAGAUGCUGAAGAAGUCUGCAGUGCAUCUUGGGACCACACAAUUAGAGUAUGGGAUAUUGAGACUGGCAGUCUUAAGUCAACUUUGACAGGAAAUAAAGUUUUUAAUUGUGUCUCCUAUUCACCACUUUGUAAACGUUUAGCAUCUGGGAGCACAGACAGGCAUAUCAGACUGUGGGAUCCCCGAAGUAAAGACGGUUCUUUGGUGUCGCUGUCCCUAACAUCACAUACAGGCUGGGUCACCUCAGUAAAGUGGUCUCCUACCCAUGAGCAACAGCUGAUCUCAGGUUCUUUAGAUAACUAUGUCAAGCUGUGGGAUACAAGAAGCUGUAAAGCUCCUCUCUAUGAUCUCGCUGCUCAUGAAGACAAAGUUCUGGGUGUAGACUGGACAGACUCAGGGUUACUUCUGAGUGGAGGAGCAGACAAUAAAUUGUAUUCCUACAGAUACUCACCUACCACUUCCCAUGUGGGGGCAUGAAAGUGAAUGAUUAUUUGACUGUAGAGAUUCUUCCUAUAAAUGAAAUCAAUAAAGAAUCCUCAAAUUACAUAGAUCUGCAGGUCAACUCUUCAGAAAACAGCCUUUUAGAUUAGUUUAUAUAAAGUUUUCACCCCUGAUAAUAAUUAACAUAUCAUUGUAUUUUUUUUUAUUUUGUAUUUAUAAAAUGAGAGUGUGUGUUUAUAAAAUAUAAAAUGUAGCCUGCAUUCUCUACCUUAUGCUAAACUCUAGAAAUUAAGCUCAGUUUUGUAUUUUGUUUUUUAUUUUCCUUUUCAAAGGUAUUGGUUUGAAUUAAGAUUUGUUUCUGAAAUACUAUAAUAUGCACAGAAUAGAUAUACAGUAAUUAAUUGCACAGCUUUUUAUUUCUGAUGGAGAAGGUUUUUUAAAUUAACUUUAAAAAAGCAUAUACCCAGUGCCGUCGAGUCGAUUCCGACUCAUAGCGACCCUAUAUGACAGAGUAGAACUGCCCCAUAGAGUUUCCAAGGAGCGCCUGGCAGAUUCGAACUGAAAAAAGCAUAUAAAAAGGCUAAAAUCUUUAAUAUGGAAAAAUUAGAAUAUUUGUUUUUGGCAAAUUAAGUGAUAUCUAAGUGUAAGAAAAGAAGUCUUUGCAGGUAUUCAGAACAUAAAAAAGUAGAUUUUGCCAGUUUAUUAAGUAUUCAUUGAAAUAUAUUAAGUAAAGUACUUCCAAAUUAAAGAUAUGCCAGUAUCUUUUAGAAGUUGCAUACAGAUUUCAUGGUAAUCAGGAAUCACCUCUUUCCCUAAUGUGUCCUAAUAUGUAGAUAAGAAUAGAUUCUUUAAACAAAAUCUUUCAGUCAGUAUUAGAUAAUAAACAUUCUACAGAUUUUGAUUAUCGUUAGCAUUUAUCUUUAUACAUGUUAAACACAAAAUAUUUAAAGUAUUUCUUAAAAAGUGACUUCCAUCUUUAAUAGAUUGGUAUUCCUCAAGAAUACCUUAUAACAUCUUAGUAUUAUAUAGGAAGCUACUAGACUGUUUAAUGUAGUAUGUCUCAAACAAUGUUCCCAUUAUGGAGCUCUGGGAAACAACAUCUGUACCUGGCUGCAGGAGAGAGCCAAAUUAACAGUGGCCUAAACCAGUUAGGAGUUUUCUCGCAAGCUGAAGUCCAGAGACAGUUCAGGACUUACACAGUGGUUUUGUUCCACAUUACUUAGGGACUCAGGCUCCCCCCACCACCAGGACACGGCCCUCAUUCUCACACAGACUAAGAGCCAGAACUCUAGUUAUCACAUUAUUUCUUAUAAAAGAAAGUAGAUUUUAAUGCCAACAAAGUAAGUAAAUGUAGCCAGGAUAGUCAUACACAAAGUCCUUAUUUGCCUCAUUUUGUACGCACUGGUCUUAUUUUCCUAUCUGUAGUCUUUGGAAAUCUAACUUUCAGAGGGCAAAGAUGAAUUCAUAUUCCUGUUCUGGAUGGAUGGUCCCUGAAUGAGCCUUAAGGGCAGAGUUAAGAGUGUCUUUCCUCACCUACUGAGUCUGGGCUGAUCAAAUGUAUGCAUACACCAGGUGCUUAAAGGAAAACAGGCCUAUUUAUUAGAUGCAAUCGACAAAAAAGGAAGUGUCAUCAAGUACUGGUGCUUCACCUAUUCUCCACCCUGGUUCCAAAGGCAGGAUACAUUCAGCGUUCAGGCAUUCUCCCUUGGGAUGAAUAUAACAUUAGUGAGCAAGUCUAUUGGAUAAAGAUUGCCUCCGUUAGAUCUCUGCCAGACUCCUCCCCUAGGAAAAGUCAAAUGGUUAGGUCUUACUUCCUGAACAGGAAGAAUAUGAGACACCAGUUGAAGUGUGGAAGAUUCAGUCAUCUUGUAACUUACUGCUGUCCCACCCACCUCCACUGUCUUUCUUCAAAAGACGGCAGCAGUCUGUCUCUUCGGUGGCCCAUCUUCCUCUAUUUAGUUAUAUCAGAGAUAAAGGCUUUUACUGGCACAAUAGGUAAGGGCUGAAAGGUAAAUGGGUUGAACCCAUCAGCUACUCUGUGGGUAAAAAGACCUAGCAAUCUGCUCCCGUAAAGAUUACAACCUAGGAAACCCUAUGGGGCAGUUCUGCUCUGUUGUAUUGGGUCCCUGUGAGUUGGAAUCAACCUCACAACAACAAAUUUGCUUCUAAGACUCACUUGGAAAAAUGGGUCGAUCUGUUUUUGCAGAGCAGAGAGAAGCCAGAAACCUGACAGUGCAGUGCUCAGGACCUGCCAGCCAGUACAGGGUUAUUUUAUGCUGUCUUGCCAAAGUAAAUGGAGUUCACAAACAGGUUGCUGCCUGCUUUCUUACCUCAUUAAACAGUUUUAGGAAAUGCCUUUUCUAUUGUUUAACAUAAACUUCCUAAAUUUGAGUUCAAAGUAUACCUAAUUGCUGAGUAAGUCCGUUCAAGGAAAAAAGGUUGAACUUCUGUCAUGUACCAGGAUCUCUGCUGGGGUGGAGGAAUGGGGGAAAAAUACAAAAAUGUAUAAGACAUAGAUGCUACUACCUUCAGAAACAUCCCAUUUUCACAUGAGAGCUAACCCGUUAAGAAAGUAGUUAUAACAAUGUCCUAAGUGCAAAGGAAGAUGUAAAUGUAAGGCAGAAAGGUAGUACAGAGGAGAGCAAUUCACCUUGUGAGGAGGGCGUUUGCUGUUAAGAACAGCAUCACAGAAGAGUGACAUUUGAGCCAGGCUUGACAGACAAUUGGUUGUUGGCGGGGGAGGAGGAGUGGGAUAUUCCUGGCAGAGGGAGCUGCACAGAAGCACCAGAAAUGGUAGCUCAGAAAUAGUGUGAGGAAGGAAAUAGGCAUAAUAGUCAAAUGCCAAGUCAUUUAAUUUUGUUUUCCUCUUAAAUAAAGCUGCCUUCCACGUCUUAUCUAAGACAUGACUAGCUUUUUAUACUGAAAAACAUGAAAAAAAAAAAAAGCAUGGCUUUGAUGAUUAUCCA